GACGCCGCCCGCGGGACUCCCGGCAGCCUCCUCCUGCCUGCGGCGCCGAGCAGGCCGGCCCGGCGAGCGGAACCCCGCGCCGCGCGGGGACCAUGGGGGCGCGGCGCCUGUUGUUCCUCGCCGCCGGCCUCAGCCUGUGCUACGCGCUGCCGGCGAGCGCCCAGGCCCGCGAGCCAGAGUCCAAAGCAACAAAUCCCACCUUGAAUCCCCGGUCAUUCCUUCUCAGGAAUUCCAAUGAUGUAUUUGAACAGUUCCCUAUGGGGGAGGAAGAGGAGAGAAACGAAAGCACAUUGACGGAAAUCAGAAGCCUCUCCUUCAACAAGAGCAGACCUCUCCAGAAGCCACCCCCGGUGUUCAUCUCAAAAGAUGCUUCCAGCUACCUGACCAGCUCCUGGCUGACCAUCUUUGUCCCCUCUGUCUACACCUGUGUGGUCCUUAUCAGCCUCCCCCUGAACCUCCUGGCCAUCGCUGUGUUCGUUCUGAAGAUGAAGGUCAAGAAGCCGGCCGUGGUCUAUAUGUUACAUCUGGCCACAGCGGAUGUGCUCUUUGUGUCCGUGCUGCCCUUUAAGAUCAGCUAUUACUUUUCUGGCAGCGACUGGAAGUUCGGCUCUGAGAUGUGUCGCUUCAUCACCGCGGCCUUCUACUGUAACAUGUAUGCCUCCAUCAUGCUCAUGACGGCCAUCAGCGUGGACCGCUUCCUGGCUGUGGUGUACCCCAUCCAGGCCCUGUCCUGGCGCACCAUGGGGAGGGCCUCCUUCACCAGCCUGGCCAUCUGGGUGAUGGCCAUCGCUGGGGUGCUGCCGCUUCUCCUCAGAGAGCAGACCGCCCAGGUCCCAGGGCUCAACAUCACCACUUGCCACGAUGUUCUCAAUGAAACACUGCUUGAGGGCUUUUACUCCUACUACUUCUCGGCCUUCUCCGCAGUCUUCUUUUUCGUGCCCCUGGUCAUUUCCACCAUUUGCUACGCGUCUGUCAUCCGAUGUCUUAGCUCUUCCACUGUUGCCAGUCAGCACAACAAGUCUCGGGCUGUGUUCCUAUCAGCAACUGUCUUCUGCAUCUUCCUCAUCUGCUUUGGGCCAACGAAUGUCCUCCUGAUUACGCAUUACUUGUUCCUGUCCCACAGUCCUGCCACCGAGGCCGCCUACUUUGCUUACCUCAUCUGCGUUUGCAUCAGCAGCAUGAGCUGUUGCAUCGACCCCUUGAUCUACUAUUAUGCCUCCUCCGAGUGCCAGCGGCACCUCUACAGUAUCUUGUGUUGCAAAGAAAAUGUAGAUCCCAAUAGUUACAACAGCAGCGGUCAGUUGAUGGCAAGUAAGAUGGAUACCAGCUCUACUAACAUGAAUAAUAGUAUCUACAAAAAGCUGUUAACUUAGGAAAAGUGACUGCUGGUCCAUUAAAAAGAAAGGUUAAAAAAGUGAAAAGUACAGGGAUUCUGUUUGUCUCUGGCAAAACUACUUCAUCAUCUAAAAUAACAAAUGUAUGAUUUGCAUGCCUACUUCUUAGGAGAGCACAAAUAUUGGUUAAUUACCAGAAAAAAUUAUAGGAAUGGAAAACAGUGGUAUUCCAGGGAAGGAUUGCCAGUGCUACAAUAACUGAAUGUCACUUUUUAUAUAUAGAUACAGGUGACAUAUAUAUGUGUGUGUGUGUGUGUGUAUACACACACGUGUAUUAUCUGCAGCACAGUAUAGAUUAGGCACUUUGAGACCCUCUCUUUUUUCCCCUGGAAAUUAUAGAAAAAAAUCUCUGAUUCUCUGACUUUAUAUGCAAAGUCUAGGUUGGUGAAGUUUAGCCCUGAACAUCUGAAGAUGUCCAACAGCAGUGACAGAUUCCAUGACUUACACAUGAUGGCAUACAUAUAUAUGUCACUUAUUUUGCAAAUAAAUAUAUUUUGAAAUUGUUUGACAGCAAUGUUUCACUAAUGGAAGGAUGAAAUUUGGUAGUAUCUGUGUGUAGAAAAAGUUCUAGUGUUUCGCAUUUUAAACAUAUCAAAGUUUCAAUUUUGAAAAUUGUCAAAACAAAUGAAAAGCCCAUUUGCUAUGGUCAGCAGUGUGAUGUUUUACAUACUGUAUACAUGAACUGAGACCGAGCAGGACCCCACUAGUGACCGCAGACUGCCUUUCAGAGCAACCCACCUUGAGAGCUGGACAUGAGGACUCCAGACAGCGGAUCCAAGACAGAGGUGUCCUGCUGAGCCUCCUGGGAACCAGCGAGACCAGGCCAUCAAGCUGGCGCCAUCAUCUGGGCUCCCUGUGAUGGCUUGUGGUGACCUGAUCAUGUCUGUUAGAAACUGGCAACACAGAAUGUGACGUCCAGGAGGCAACAGCCAUGAGAGACUUCUUUGCCUAUCUUGGGAACAGAGAGGAAGGCGUAUUCCUGUCCUGCAGGUGUCCCCAAUGGGUUCAGGGCCUGCAGAGUGGAAUGGGACUGAACCCUGCCCUCGGCAGAGCAGAGGGGACGAUACAGGGAUAGCGCUCGAUGUAUUGUACUAAACACGAAGCAGUGUUUCAAGCCAGAUGUCACCCAGGGUAUUCACAUAAGCAAGAUCUGUCCACUAAAGAGCUUUGAACCUUUGGGUUUCUGCUUCCAAUGGUUAUUACUUAAAAUGAAAACAACAGAGGAUGUGUAUUUUUAAAAAAUAAGUCCUUCAGUCUACAUCAACUGGACAGUAUUUAUUUAUAAAUGUUUUGUUCAAUAAGUUACUCAAGUUUUCUUUUAAGACUCAUUUAUGUCAGGCUGAUUAGAAAUAACAGAAGAAAAUGGAUUUGUCAUUGAAAUCUAGGAAAAUUCUGUAUUUUUCACUUUCCUUUAAAGUUAAUGAAAUGAUUUUUAAAGCAUUUUUUAACCCUAAGUUAAGUAUUACACAUAGAAAAUCUUCAUAGGUUUGGCAAAGUAAUUUGAAAAUUAGGUUGAAAUCUUUUUUUUUCCUGAUUAAAAAGUGAUGGUAUUUUAAACAACCAAAAAUAAAAGCAAGAAAGUGGGGAAGUUGCAAGGCAAACGUUUAUCUAUUUAAAAGAGCAAAGGGCUGGGGAUUUAGCUCAGUGGUUCUGCUGCCUGCCUUGCAAGCGCAAGGACCCAAGUUCGAUCCCCGGUACCAAAAAAUAAAUAAAUAAAUAAAUAAAAGAGCAAAGUAUUUCCAAAUAUCAGAAUAAUUUACAUAAGAAUAAUAUAACUAUUGUGAGUAGAAGCUAGUACUGAUUUUAUUAACUGAGUUACUAUAUUAUCUAAAUCAGAGAUUUACUGUCAUUGUUUAGUCUGUAUAUAUUAAAACACCUAUCAUCACAGUACUUAUAAAAUAUAAUUUCAGUUUUUAUAUUCACUCUUUUUAAAAAUAUCAUGUAACCUAUAUUAAUAAACAUGAAAACGCACUUGGUAUCUCUCUGGAAUAAAUUAUCUUUAUAUCCUUUGA